CACUGCAACGCAUUGUGGGUAAUACUCAACUCUCGCGUGACCAUCAAUGUUGACUCCCUCAGCCCAUCUAUACCUCAGCCCUCUGAAGUUUGUUCCCAGUUCACUUCAGCUCUUCAGACAAAUGGAACACCUAUGAUGGCAAGCGGGAUUCCUCCGAGGGCGUUAAACUGCGAUUGGAAGGCAGCCUUAGAUGUGCGAGAAUGUUCCAAGGCUUCAGCCAUGCAGCAAUGUGACAAUUUCUGGCAGAAGAUUGGCGAAGGUUUUGUGCAGGUGUACUACAACCAGUUUGACAACACCAACAGGAUGGACCUGGUUAACCUAUACGCUGAAGGUGCCACUAUGACGUGGGAAGGGACCUUCUACCAUGGGAGAGAAGCCAUUGGUAGCAAACUUACUAGCUUGCCUUUCCAGCAAAUUAAGCACAUUAUCACAGACCAGGAUGUGCAGCCUACAGUGGAUAAUAGCAUACUCAUCAUGGUGUUUGGACAGCUAAAGACCGACAACGAUCCACCAAUGGCCUUUCAUCAAGUGUUCAUGCUGAAGGUCCAUAACUGUAACUGGGUCUGCACGAAUGAUGUGUUCCGGUUGGGUAUACACAACAUACCGGUGUAACAAUCAACGGUGCACUGUGUUAAUAUGGACAAGUUUUCGAAGUUCCUCAGUAUUUGCUGAUCCUGCUAUUAAUGUCAUGUCAGAGUUCCAGGCGAGUAAAAAUGAAAUUUUUUUCCCAGAA